AGAUGUUGUUAUCUAGUCCAGACCCAGAAGCGUCGACGUUCAUCUUACGAGUGUGCUUUAAUAAUCUAGAUCUCGAAUCUCUAUUGUUGUAAAAACAAUUGAAGUUGUCUAGAUAUAGAUCUAGAUAGAUCUAUAUCUUCACUUCUCACAAGUUGCGGUUUAUGACAAAGAUAUAUUAUAUUAAUAUAACAUAAUUGCCAAGAAAUGGCACCUAACAAUGCCCUUACAGCUUGGGGCAAUGACAAGACCAUGAAUCUCAACACCUUAAUUUUAACAAAUAUACAGUCCUCACCUUAUUUUAAAGUUCAACUCUUUGAACUUAAAACUUUCCAUGAAGUUGUUGAUGAAAUCUUCUACAGGGUUGAACAUUUAGAACCUUGGGAAAAGGGCAGCAGAAAAACAGCUGGUCAGACUGGGAUGUGUGGAGGUGUGCGAGGUGUUGGUGCAGGAGGAAUUGUUUCUAGUGCAUAUUGUCUACUAUUCAAGCUGUUUACAUUAAAAUUGACAAAGAAACAGGUCAAUAACCUCAUUACACAUGGAGACUCUCCAUACAUAAGAGGCCUUGGAUUCAUGUACAUCAGAUACACACAACCUCCUCCUGAUCUAUGGGACUGGUAUGAACCUUAUUUGGAUGAUGAAGAGGAGCUGGAUGUUAAAGCAGGUGGUGGACACAUGAUGACUAUUGGAGAGAUGUUGAGGCAAUGGCUAGUAAAGCUUGAAUGGUAUUCUACUCUUUUCCCAAGAAUACCUGUGCCUAUUCAGAAGGACAUUGAUAUCAAGCUUCGGUCGAGACCGGUGACUGCAGGUUACCAUGGAUAUGGAGAACAAACAGAUAAUGAGCCUGAGCACAUUCCUGACGAUCAAGUAUCUUUUGGAGAGGCUGAGAGAGCAGCCAUGUCACAACGAGGACGAGGUGGUGGAUAUACUAGAGACAGCUUUAGAAAUGGUGCUGUAUCAAGAAGAACACCUCCACAACGAUUUUCUCCACCAAGAAGACGCUCACCUAGGAGAUCACCGCCAAGGCGUCCAAUAUCUCCAAGAAGUAGUCCAUACUCUAAACCAUCUGAUGAUUUUACAAAGGAAUUAGAAAAAGAGCGAGAACGACAGCGCAGGGAAAGAGAAAAAGACCAUAAACGUAGUAAGCAUAGUAAACACAGAUCUCGCUCUCGAGAAAGAAAAAGAUCACGUUCACGCUCGCGAGACAGGAAAAGAUCUCGCUCACGUGAGAAGAAAAGAUCCAGGUCUCAUGAGAAAAAAAAGUCUCGUUCUAGAUCUCGUGAAAAGAAAAGGUCAGUGUCAAGAUCUCGUGAACAGAAAAGGUCACGGUCAAGAUCUCGUGAAAAGAAAAGGUCACGGUCAAGAUCUCAGGAAAUGAGGAAUUCACACAGCCAUGAGAGCAAAGAACGUUCAUCUUCGCAUCACCAUGACAGGGAUGGUUUGACUUCACAUCAACGUGACAGGGAUGGCCCAUCUUACAGCCGUGAAAAAGAUUCAUCCCCAUUCAACCAGGAUAAUGCCACACAUCACUACCCAGACAGUCCCUCAUCUCACAGAGAAACAGACGCACACCAUCGCAGCAAAAAAGAGCAUAAAAAAGAAGAAAAGAAGCACAAGCACAAAGAAAAGGACAGGGAAAAGAGACAUUGAAACUUUGUUGUGUCUAAUUCAUAGCAUUUAUAAAGUGAAAAAAUUUGCCUUUUUAGAACAUUACAUUUUUUGUUUUAAAAUAUGUUAUCGUCUGUGUUACAUGGGUUUUUUUUAUUUAGGGGGAAACUUGUUUAAAUAAAUUAACUUGUUAAAAAAUUUCCAUUAAAAAUUACAUUAUGGUUAGAAACAGAUAAUUUUUAUAUAACUCAUGUUGUUUAAUGAUAAUUGUCAGGACUACACUAUAUAUUGUACAGCAAAUCCUCUAGAUUUUGCUAAAUUGUAAUCAUUUACUUUUUGAAAAUUGUGGCUGUUGUAUGAAAAUCAUGCUCUUCUAUAUAAAAAGAUUUGUUUUUGACAUUUGUUUUUAAUAUACUUUUAAGUUAAUGGAUACAACUUACAUUAAGUUGUGAUUGUGUGAUUACCCAAGUUUCUUAACAAUUUAGUUCUUUGUUAGGUAUCAAAACAUAUGGGGUAAGAUUUUGUAAAAAUGCAAAAAAAUUACUGAACAUGAUUUUGGAACAUUUAAGUUUAAUGGAGAGUACUGAAAAAAAAUGUUAAGUUUUACAUUUAAAAUGCAUUUUUUGAAUAUUGAAAUUAAUACUAUUAGUUAAUUGUAGAUCUGUCAUUUAAACAUUUCACCAUUUAUUAUUUUUU